AUGCACUUGAACCCCACAAGCACACUUUCUUAUUGGCUUACCAAUGCUCCUUUUCAACAACCUACCAAAGAACCCUUGCCGGACAAGGCUGACAUUGUCAUUAUAGGAGCUGGUCUUACUGGCAUGUCGACUGCCUAUUGGUUGCAACAGCUACGUCCUGAACUUAAGGUGGUUGUAGUGGAGGCUCGUGGUAUUUCAAGUGGUGCCACAGGUCGAAAUGGUGGUAUUAUCACCCCUGGAUUGAACGAUGAUUUCGAUGCCAUUGUCAAUAGCUAUGGUGUGGAUGCUGCACAAAACUUGGUUGAAUUUGAUUACCGUAACGUGGAUGCAUUGGCUGAAUUUCUCAAACAUCAUUCGGACAAUGACAAGGGCUUUUUUGAUCCCGAGAUCACGUGGACCAAGGGUACCAUUAUUGCAUGGUCCACAGCCCAAGAAGCUGAAGAUAGCUAUCCUGGUGCCGUAGCAUUGGCUAACAAGAUUGAAGAUAUCCGUGUACUCUCCCCUGAGGAAUUACAAAAGAUCCCUGGAUUGGAAUCAUUCAAGCAUGGUGGUAUCCAUAUCAGAACAACAGCUAUCGCAUGGGCUGCCAAGAUUGUGUUUUGUCUCGCACGCUAUCUUCAAAACAAGAUUCACAUUGCCACACAUACUCGCGUUUUAUCGGUGGAGGGAAAUAAGGUUAUCACCAGCCGUGGUACCAUCCAAGCCGGUCGUGUUGCCUAUUGCACAAAUGCUUGGUCAGGUCGUUUGCUUGAAAAGUUGUCGCCUUACAUUGUACCUGUACGUAACCAAGUAGUGAGUGCACGUGCUGUUGAAGGUCGUCCUCGUCUUGAACAUGUGCUUAGUGCCAACCGGGGUUAUCAAUACAUGUCAUUCCGCCCCAAUGGUGAUAUUAUCAUGGGUGGUAUGCGCGAUAUUGUACCCAGCAAACAAGAAUACGAGGACGAUGACUCAACGAUGAAUCUUACUGUGUCACAAGGACUGCGAAAGUUUAUGCGUGAGAUUGUCCAUGUGCCAUCAGUUGAUAAGGAAUGGGUUGGUGUGAUGGGUUUCUCACGAGAUCGACUCCCUAUUGUCGGUAAUCUUAAGCCUGUAUUGGGUGACAAGGAAGGUAGCAACCAAUACAUUGCUGCUGGUUUCACCGGUCAUGGUAUGCCACGUACUUUCCUCUGUGGUCGUGCUCUCGCUCAAAUGCUCGCUGAUAAGCCAUUGGAUGAUUGGUUCCCUCCAGAGUUUUUGGUCGAACAUGAAUCUCGUAAGAGCUGGUGGAGUGAUAAGAGCAAAUUGUAG